CUUGGCAAACCAACUGGAAAAUAAUUUUAUCAUUAAUCCACAUGUAUGUACACACAUUAAUAUUAUUCAUAUACCUAAUUAAUAAUCCUCACAUGGUGUCUCUCUUUCUCUGCCCAUCUUUCACUAUAUAUAUACUUCUGCUUCAUGUUAUUAGCUUACUCAAUCUUUCUUCAUACUACAAUAUAUAGAAUAAGAACUCAAAAAAAGAAGAUAGAAUCAAUGGCAUUAAUGGUGAAGAAUAGUCCAUACGAGUACACAAAGAUGGAGAAAGAAGACCCUCAAGAGCUAAUUCACAGACGAGCUCAAUUUCUAAUUCAAAAGGUUUUAGAACGAGCCGAUAGCAAGACCAGACAGCAUCAACAGAGGAGGAGAUCAUCUGGACCGUUGAUUAUGAUCAGAGUGGUUGGGAUAAGAAUGAGAAUUGGUAAGAAGCUCAGGAAGCUGAGGAAGACCAACACUUGUAUAUGCAAUAAUCUUAUCACUCGUUUCCUCAAAUCUUUUAAACGUUUCUUGUGUUCUUCUUCUUCAUCUUCUUCUUCUCGAACUAUCUCUGAUCUUCCUCCUCUCUUCUCUCUUCAAGUUUGAUGAACUUGAUUUUGUUUUUGUCUUAUAUUUUAUAAUAUACUUAAAUUUUGUGAAACAAAUAUAAUUAUUUGUGUAUGUCGAAAGUUCGGUUAAAAUACCAAGUGUCGUUAGCUCAAUUGGUAUAAGACCCUAAGCGAAGCUUAGAGGUCGCCGGUUCGAUUGACGUUUGUGACAAAACUAAUAUUACAUGAUGUAGUUUCGGGCCUGAGGGAUUACGAGUUUCGGCCCAGAACUUCCUGGUAUUC